AUGUGCUUUUUAUACGGACCUCUGAACUCGUUCAACUUAUACGACAACUGUUACGGACCUCUGAACUCGUUCAACUUAUACGACAACUGUUACGGACCUCUGAACUCGUUCAACUUAUACGACAACUGUUACGGACCUCUGAACUCGUUCAACUUAUGCGACAACUGUUACGGACCUCUGAACUCGUUCAACUUAUACGACAACUGUUACGGACCUCUGAACUCAUUCAACUUAUACGACAACUGUUACGGACCUCUGAACUCGUUCAACUUAUACGACAACUGUUACGGACCUCUGAACUCGUUCAACUUAUGCGACAACUGUUACGGACCUCUGAACUCGUUCAACUUAUACGACAACUGUUAUGGACCUCUGAACUCGUUCAACUUAUACGACAACUGUUAUGGACCUCUGAACUCGUUCAACUUAUACGACAACUGUUAUGGACCUCUAAACUCGUUCAACUUAUACGACAACUGUUAUGGACCUCUGAACUCGUUCAACUUAUGCGACAACUGUUACGGACCUCUGAACUCGUUCAACUUAUACGACAACUGUUACGGACCUCUGAACUCGUUCAACUUAUACGACAACUGUUACGGACCUCUGAACUCGUUCAACUUAUACGACAACUGUUACGGACCUCUGAACUCGUUCAACUUAUACGACAACUGUUAUGGACCUCUGAACUCGUUCAACUUAUACGAACUUAUGCGACAACUGUUACGGACCUCUGAACUCGACAUUAAU